AGUUCAAAAUAAAAUAUUUGAAAAAUAAAUAUGCAAAUAUGGCAUGAAUGUAUUGUAUAAUAAACGACUGGAUUAAAUAUAACUUUAAGUUUGCUUAAAACGGAAUGUCCCUCUAGUAUCGAUUUUUCACGGAAAAUGUGCAUAAUAUUAUUUUAUUGAUGUUAAUAGUAAACAAAUGAAUUUACAUCUGUUGUAUUAGAAAAUACAAAAUGUAAAGCUGUAAAAGAUCUAUGCAUCUGCAUCAUUGAUACCUAACUGAAAAAGACUAUAAAAGAAUUAACUAAAAUCGAUAUAUGUAUAAUGUGCGGAAUCAUUAUUAAAUUGGUUUUUUUGAUUAUUUUCUUUGUAUCGUGCGUGAAUGUUGGAGCAUCACAACAAAACAGAACAUCUCAUCAUGUACGACGAUCGAGUAUUGAUGAUGGGUUUUUCAAGAAUCAAAAGUUGGUGUCAUAUCGGUCCUUCCAACCGGUAUCAAUUAAGUAUCAUAAGGCCACAUAUCCUAAACCUGAGGACAGACCAGAUUAUGAUAUAACUUCAUACGAUACGGAGUACGGUGGCGUUGUAUCGAACUUUACGUCUUCCAUAUACGACGAUAAUCCACCUUUGUAUCCCAACCCUGAAUUUAUAGCGAAGAGCAAUCAAGUAAAUAAGGUGCAGAUAGAAAACAAACUACCAGAGCCCGAAGUUGACCUACCUGAUGACUCUUUAGCUGAUGCAGACCUAAAAGAGCAUAACAUUAUAGACAGCGUCACAUAUCUGUAUGGGUUUAAUAACUGUCACGGAGUAAGGAAUGAAUGGAUGAUAUUGAUCUUCAUUACCAGCGGUAUUGCGGUUAUCUUACUCAUAGCCGCUGUUAUGUGGCUGAUGUGGAGUGAGUACGCAGCAGAGUUCCGCAGGAGUAGCAAACUUUAUCCUAUCAACAUCAAUUUGUGUUGCUGCCUUAUUGCUUGUACGCUUAUUUACAUACAAGCUGCAAUGGGCGUGUCCUCUCCCUCACAAUGCGAAAGGAUUGCUCUUCUUUUGCACUAUACUCAUGUGUCAUGCGCAAUGUGGAUCGUUGCGUUGGCUGCUGCUGUUGCCGAAUAUUGCGCUUGUGAUACUCUGCUGCCGUUAAAGUACAAUUAUCUAUUGGCUUAUGGAGUACCGGCAAUUGUAGUUAUGUUCAACUAUGCGUUAUCAAUGGAACACUACGAAAUAAAACAUUACUGCUGGAUGUCCAUAGAAAAAGGUAUGGUUAUGGGUUUCAUGGUGCCGGCCAUGAUACUCAUACUCAUUAAUACAGCAAUCAUUAUACUUGGCCUCCAAAGCGUUAAUAAGAAACAGGCUGAAAUGCUGACGGCGAAAAUACAAGAAUUGGUCGACCACCAUAUUGCAAAUUGGCCUAAAAACGAACCAAUGGAGGAAAAUAAAAAUGGUAGUAUUGACACACUUGAUAUUUAUACACCGGGUAGCAGCAGGAAAAAUACCGAUAGCUCUGAUACACUCGACAGAGAUUAUAAUUUGAGUGAAGACGAUUGCCAAUACGUUAAUUUGGGCAUACCUAAUGGUGAUGCGAACGGCGACGGUGUAAAUGAGUCAAACCAAGCCAAAACAAUCCAAGACAAGGGCUUACUGAACAUGCUAUACAUGGACAAUCUUUCGUGGAAAUGGAGCUGGAAUACCGAGGGGAACGAGCUGAAGACCUAUCUGAACCUGUGCUUGGUAUUGGAACCGUUCUUCGCCAUAAACUGGGUGAUGGGUGUGGUGGCUAUAGAGAACGCAGCGCAUUGGUCCACGCCCACCAUUUACCUGAUACUGGUUGUUGCUAUGUACGUAUACCUGACUGCUACAAUUUGCACGACUCUGCCCAUCGUACGCAACAAGAGUAACACACCGUGCUGCGAGGAGGUGAUCACGGAGCCCACGAUGACGAGAACCAGGACUACGGACAGUAUCCCAUUACUGGAUCCCACAAUUCAACAGCCGAACGUGACACCGGCACCGGCCGACACUAUAAGCACAAUCAGCAUUUAAAUUGAAACUCUAAUGCUUAUGAAAUAGAAUUGAUAAUUGCAGUUGAAAGGAUCGACUGUUUGGUGCUCGCCAAUUCAUAUAUUGACGUCCUAAUAAGAUGUCAAGAGAGAAAAAUGGAAAGUACGUAAUUAACACUGAAGUGUUAGGAAUAGGGAGGUCUCUAGACUCGAGGUAGUAAAGCAGGUCACGUGUCACAUACUGUUUCAGAUAUUUAUUGAUUAGGCACUCGGACAAGAGAAAAAAAUAAUGUGCCAUUCAUUUCACUUCGAAAUAUUCAAGUCUAAGCUGUUCCUAUGGAUAAAAGACAUACAUGUCAUAUUAUGAACUAAUAUAUAGAUGUUUUGUAUAGGUACUCUGCAUAUUUUCCAGAUGGGGAAAAGUCUCCCCUUUAUUUAUUAUAAAUAAUUAAAUUAAAAAAAUUGAAAACAUAUUGAAAUUGCAAUCAUCUAGGAAUGUACUGGACGCAUUUCUUUUAACGGAAAUUGAGAAUUAAAAAAAAUUGAAUUUAUGAAAAAUAAAAAAAAAACCUAUAUUAUGGUUAUAAAAGCUGCCAGUUACAUCAGCAACAAUUAUCGUACGCAAUAAUUUGAAACAAGAUGCCUACCUAUUAUAAUGUAUUAAAGAGUUUUCUAAUAAUAUUAUUAUAAUUGCCGAGAUGUUUAUGAAAAUUUCAAUUUACAAGUAGUAAAAAAUUUCAAAUUACAUAUCUACCUACAAUAAUUUUCACUCUUGCUCUAGAUACGGAAUGUGAUUCCGUUCAUGUAUAUAUACUAUUAGUGGGUAGGACAUAAAACAUUUUGUAACUUAAUAAAGUUUUGAACGUAGUGCGAACUUGACAGUUUCAAAAAUAGAUUUUAAAGUUUUAAACAGAUUCUCAAGUUUAUAAUGCACAUAGAAAGAAAACUGAAGAAAAAACUUCGCACCAACUAAGACCCAAAACUUAAAUAACUGAACCAACAAUGUACCACAAUACAUUUGGUGCAUAAAAGUACAUAGUUUUACACGUUUGUAAACAAGUUGAUGCGGGGUCCUUCUUUAUAGAUAACAUUUUAAUUUGGAUAGAUAAUGACAAAGACCAAUAAAUAUUUAAAACUGAUAUAAUCACGACGUAUCGGCUAGUUACAUUGUGACUUCUAUUAAUACCGUAGUAACUAUCUAUUUCUCUAUAUAUUAUUACGUGAAGUAAAAACUUUAUAUCUCUUUUUAUGAAAAUUGAGCGGACGGAAGAGUAUCAAAUUUUGCACACAUAUAUUUUAUAUAGAGAAGGGGAGCAGAGUGCUAAUAUUUUUUUUAAAUUAUGUAUAUAAAAUACAUUAAAUCAAUAAAAAAAAACACACACACUACCAUGUAUUUGACACACACAUACGCAUAUAACUCUUUUGUUUAUUAUUAGUCUGUGGUCAUAUUGAGAAUAGAUUAAUAUUAUUUGUCCAUAGUCUUACUAAAUGUCAAACAUAACCAUAAUAAAUUUAUUUAUUAUAAUAUAUAUAUAUUAUGGUUGAAUUUCAACCACUGUUCGACCACUAGUUGUUACUGAAGUAAGAAUUGUCGGAAUUGCGUCAAACAUUUAAAUAUUUUGUGGCUAUUUUUAUAUACAAUAAUAAUAUAGGUGUUUUCAAACAAGAACAAAUUGCAAUUUUUUGGUUAUUUUUAGAUAAUACUAUAAAAAGUUAAUAAAUAAAAAGGCAAAACUGAUACUGUAUACACUCGUUUUAAGAAAUAAAAACUAAUAAUUAAGAUUGCAUUAAGAUGCAUCUUGCAUGAGGAAGUUUUGAAAACGAAAAAAAAAUAUUAAUAAAAACAAUAGAGAAUAGAAGAGACAAAAUGCUGGGCCGCCUUAUAUGACAUGACAACUUUUUAAAGAGCAUACUAAAAAAAUAGAAGACAAAAGAGGAAGAGGAAAACCUAGAAAUAAUUUAGAUGGGACAGAUAAAGGAAACACUAGGUGUCAUGUCGUAUAGGGAGGUCAAGGAUAUGGCCUGAAGUAGAACUGGCUGGAAGAAAAUGCAUAAAUUAGUCGUACCGACAAGAGAAAACUCUUAAAAAAAAUUAAGAUUUACAGUUUUGUUUGGAAACACAAUACAAGAAUCUGAUAAUAAAUAUCAAAGAGUUAACUUGUUACUAAUCGCACAAAAAUUAGGGAAUUUCGAUAUUAUUUUUAACAUUUCUAAUGUUUAUGAAAUAGGAACCAAAAUGAAAGUAAGCAAUGCAUAUAGGAGAAACUUUUACAGAGAUUCGACUAGUUAACUUCACGUAGACACAUAUUCUAUGUAACAGAUACUAGCUCUCAAGAACUUCAAGGUAUAUAUAACUAUAUGGGUGUCACAGUAUAUUGUAUGAUAUCCAUGUUUUAGAUGGCUAUUUUUAUCAAGUGGGUCAUCAAUGUCCUGUCUAACUCUUUUACCAUCCUUUACAGUGAAUGGCUCUGUUAACUUGCAGUGAAUUAUUUUGCCACUGUGGGCAUAUUGCCUGAGUGGCGCCCUCUGGUUGUCAUUUACUUGUCAAUUGUUUCUAUUGUAUGUCUACCUUCAUGUUAUUAUGAUAAAUUUCGUGCUAAUUCUGUCCUGUUUUAUAAGUUACUAAUAUUUGAUAAGAUGUAGUUAAGGUUUUGUGAUAGUUAAUAUAGUGUGAUAGUAAUAUUGUUGCGUAAGUUUUAA